AUGAAGCUCACCGCUGUUGCCGUCCCCGUCCUCGCCGCCGGCCUCUCGGGCGCCAACCCCGUCGACGUCGAGGCGCGCCAGUCCUGCCCAGGGGUGCACGUCUUCGGCGCGCGCGAGACGACGGCGCCGCCCGGCUACGGCACGUCGCAGGGCCUCGUCAAUAUGGUCCUGCAGGCGUACCCGGGCGCGACCAGCGAGGCCAUCAACUACCCGGCCUGCGGCGGCCAGUCGUCCUGCGGCGGCGUCAGCUACGACAGCUCGGCCAACCAGGGCACCCAGGCCGUCGUCCAGGCAGUCACCAGCUUCAACCAGCGCUGCCCCAACACGAAGCUCGUCCUGAUCGGCUACUCUCAGGGCGGCCAAAUCAUGGACAACGCCUACUGCGGCGGCGCCGGUGCCACGCUCAGCGGCGCCGCCCUCAACGCCGUCAAGGCGGUCAUCUUCAUGGGCGACCCGCACAACGUGGCCGGCCUGCCCUACAACGUCGGCACCUGCACGGCUCAGGGCUUCGCUGCCCGCCCCAGGGGUUUCCAGUGCUCGCCGGGCAACCCGUCCCUCAUCCAGUCGUACUGCGACUCGACCGAUCCCUACUGCUGCAACGGCAACGACGCCAACUCGCACCAGCAGUAUGUCAACAAGUACGGACAGCAGGCGCUGGCCUUCAUCAAGAAGCAGCUCGGUUCCGCGUAG